AUGGGCGACUCUUCUGUUGGCUAUGACAUUCCCACGGAAUGCUGGGGUGCAGUCGUCAAAGACGAAGGCCCAAAUUUCUACGUCGAGGUCGAAAAGGUCCCCCUGACUGUCGCCUCCUCCCCCCUAGGCCCUAAUGAUGUCCUCAUUAAGCUCAAUGCGACCGGCAUCUGCCUGAGCGACAUUCACUACAUGCUGAACGACUGGAACUUGCCCAAGAUGUCCGACUUGGGCGUGAAGUGCGCCGGACACGAAGGCUCGGGAGUGAUCGUCAAAGUUGGGGAGAACGUCAAGGGACUCAAAGUAGGCCAGCGGGCGGGCUUCAAGCCCAUCCAAAAUGUCUGUCACAUAUGCGAGCACUGCAAGUCUGGACGGGAACAAUACUGUCUCCGGGCCGUCUUCACCGGAGGAGCAUGCGAUGGAUCCUACAAGCAGUAUGUCAUCUCGCCGGACAGCUACACUACCCUCAUCCCCGAUGGCGUCUCAGAUUACGUCGCAGGCCCCGUCAUGUGCUCUGCCUCGACAGUCUACACAUCGAUCAAAGAGUCAGGAAUUAGACCCGGUCAAUUCGCAGUAUUCCCCGGCGGAGGUGGUGGGGUUGGAAUCCAAGGUGUCCAACUGGCGGUUGCCAUGGGUCUUCGAGCUGUAGUCAUUGACACUGGUGACGAGCGAAGAAAGCUUGCGAUGCAGUUGGGCGCCGAAUAUUUUGUGGAUUUUCGAAAGGGGGAUCCGGUCAAGGAAGUUGUCGAACUGACAGAAGGCGGCGCACACGCUGUUUUUGUCACCGCCGUCCAGUCGUACCCGAUUUCUCUCGGCUAUUUAGGGGUUCGAGCUGGUGGAAAAGUCAUGUGCAUCGGUCUCCCUCCGCACGGAAAAUACCACAUAGACCUUGACCCCUCGACACUGGUAUUUCGAGGUCAAUCUAUCGCGGGAACACUAGUGAGCAGCAUGGCUGACAUUGACGAGACACUCGAUUUCGCUCGAAGAGGUAAGCUGCGUCUCGAGCCUACCGUGGUAGGAUUAAGCAAGUUCAACGAAGCGGUCCAGAAGCUCAAGAACGGCCAAGUCGCAGGUCGCAUAGUGGUCGACUUCAACUUGCCGUGA